AUGUCUUUUUUGCCCGUUUGUUUUUUUAAUUUAAGCAACGUUUUGUUUAAACCCAAGCUGAACUGUACGCUGUCACUGCAGACCGAACACAGCCGGUUCGGUACGGUCAGGGCGCUCCACCCGUACGGGAGACGAAAGGGUCCGCAGCCCGCAGCACCCAGCGCCGCGGGGGCACCGCGCUGUGCCGAGCCGCUCUUCGGCACCGGCCGAGCCCGGCUCAGUCUGGCUGCCCGCCGGGGCUUUUGUUCCCAACUAAUUCCCGACGCUGGACACGGAGAAUUAAGAGGGCCGGUUUUGAGGGGCAAACGGCGAAGGCAGGCUGGCGGUGCGCGAAGCAGGGAGCCGGGCAGGGGGCGAGUCGCCACGGCCGGGGCUUCGCGGCCGGCAGCAGCACCGAAGCGGCUUCCCGGCGGCUCCGAGGAGAGCGGCCGCCAGUGCCGUCUGAGCAGACGGAGGCGGAAUGGGACGCGCGGCGGGGGCGGAACGGCAGCACCUGCCGCACCGGGCCGGGCUGCGCCCAGCGCUGGGGCCGCCCCGCCAGUGCCUGCUCCCUCCCUCGCUCCCACCCCGGCCGCCCUCGCCUGCCCAGUGCCCAUGCGCCCUGGGAGAGGUUUAAGGCGUGCGCGGCGGCAGCUGCGACACAGCGCUGCGGAGGUGCAACCCGGUGAGGACGUCGGCUAG